CGUGCGGUACGCAAGUUGAAAUCAAUGGUCACCAUGGGCUAUCAUGCAACAAAUCAACCAAAGGACGAUGGGCGCGGCAUAAAGAAAUGAACAGCAUCGCCAAGAAUUGUUGCGAAAGCGCUGGUUUUCCUUGUCAGCUGGAACCGAAUGGACUAUCCAGCACAAACGGGAAAAGACCUGACGGAAUGACGCUGAUACCAGUUCGCUAAGGCAGACCGCUUGUUUGGGAUGUAACAAGCUGGUGUACUGUUGCGGAUUCCCACGUCACCGCAAGCUCGAAGAAAUCCGGAAGUGUGUCCCAACUGGCGGAAAAUUCCAAGCGCCGCACAUAUUCUUUUUUGGAAUACGGUUACCUCUUUUAUCCCCUGGUUAUUGAGACACUGGGAGUUUUUGGCCCUGCCUUCACUGAAAUGCUGCAUUUCAUGGGCCGCAAGAUUCGUGACAUAACGGGCGAAGCGCGUUCUACUGCUUUUCUCAAGCAGCGUUUUAGUUUAGCUGUUGUUAAAGGAAAUGCUACGGCUGUUUUGACUUUGAGUACACUGCCUUUUAAUCCGAGAGAGGAUAAGGAUUUUGGUUGUUUUUUUAAUGUUUAAUUUUUAACUAUCAAGUAGUGUACCAGCGCUUGCAUUUAUUGCUAUUUGGGUGGCUAUUGCCAAUAAAUCAAUAUGGAUUCUAAUUGUGGAUUCAGUGACAGCAGUUCGUGCGAGUACCCCAGAGUCUCUGAAUAUAGUGGACACUGAUAUUUGGGGGUUCAGAACCAUCCAUCAUGGAUACCCGAACCUAUAUUCUGGAACGAAUACCGACUUUACUAUGCUUAUCCAUCGUGGAAAUUGUAUUUGGGAUCCUUUCAGUUAUCGGCGUAAUAACAAAGUUGAUUAGAGCAGAAAGCCAGAUCGAGAACCAACUAGACGACUUCGCCACCGGUUUUCUGAGCGCUGCACUGUUGGUGGCCACCGGUGUCUACGGUGUCGUCACCAUUAGACGCGUCCGACAGGGCAUCGUGGACGCCAAAUCGUUUCGCAUUCUGGGCAUUCUCAACAUCGUCUUAUGCGUUAUCUGGGCAAUUGAGAUGCUAUUUUUUAUCGUGGUGUACAUCCUCACUGAGACGAACCCAUCCCUGGCCAAUGCGGUGGUGGCCUGGCCGAGCACUUAUGACCCGUCCAAUGCCGAACUGCAGAAGGAAGUCGAAGGUCUUAUCAGCCUGGUUACCGGGUUUUUGUAUAUUGUCCUCUUGAUAAUCCUCCUGUUCGUCUUGACGGCAGCCAUGGCCGCCUGGAUCAGUCGCCGUAACGCGGCCAUCAUUAAUGCCGGUGCGCGGGGAGGCUAUCCCACUGCGGCAGCGGGAAACAUGCAGUAUACAGCGGUCAAAACGGAGCACGCUUAGGCGCACAAUCUGGAGCGAACGGUAACCUUUGCAAAGGAUGGAGUCCAGUCCGUCUGCCAUUAACCAAGUGCUUCAAACUAACCUGAAAGUUGCCGACUGGAAACGUUGCUUUUUUCCAAGCAACGCCAGCUCCAGAUGACUGCUACAUUGCGGAUCGUGAGGGUCCAGCAAUUAAUGCCACUGAUUUGGCCCAUCGUGGAUUCUUUGCUUUCGAGGUGAUAAUUUCCCCGCUUUUGCGAGCAUUUCGCUUCUGUAUUAUUGGUUUCAACUCUUUGUUAGUGCUAUAGUAGAAGCAUCAGUCUUCACAGUGAAAGUUGUACCUUGGCGCUUGUAUAGGAGGGAUCGAAAUAUUUUUGUUGUUCCGGAUUAUCAUAUUUUUUUGCCAGCCGAAGACAUACUCUACCAUGUGUCUAUGAUUGUCAAUGUAAAGCCUGUUGUAACGUAUACUUCUAUGCUUCACGAUUUGUUCGCAGUCUCAACUUCGCACAUUUGGUGACCGGAAAAAGUAAGAUGUAAAGGAAGAUCGUUCAGCGUAGUCUGGCUGGACUGUAUGCCCAGCUAACCAGGAAAAAA